AUGGCUCCAGAUAGAAAUAACGGAAAAAAGGUCGAUGAGAAUGUUAAGAAAAAAGAAAUUCUAAUUAAAGAGUAUGACAUACAAUACAACAUAUCAACAAGGCUGCAACCACAGAGCCAUCCCCCCAAGGAUACAGCUGAAAGAUCCCUUCAGAAUUAUGCAGCAUCAAAAGACAUUUUCACAAUACUGGAGGCAAAGAAACAGGUUCAAGAUGACGCUCCAUAG